CCUAAGUGAAAAACUAGAAACAAUCUAAAAAAAUAUUAAUAAAAAUACGGGGAAAUGUUUGUUUUGAUUACAAGCUUUGUGUUACUAACACUUAAUUUAAAUUUAAAUGGAAAUUGCCUAGAAUUACCUAAUAAUACGAUAAAUAAAAAAUCAGAAUUACCACCCGUAUCACAGCAAUGUAUGGGUUGUAUUUGUGAAGCAAUGAGUGGUUGCGGAUUAGAUAUGGCAAGUUGUAGAAAAGAUGUUUGUGGACCAUAUCGGAUUACAAAAGGAUAUUGGGCAGAUGCAUAUCAAGUACCAGAGCCAACAAAUGAUCUUGCAGAAUACGAAAGGUGUGCUAAAGAUUUGUUCUGUUCUUUUAACAUGGUCCAAGAACAUAUGAGGAAAUAUAGAAAAGAUUGUAAUGGUGAUAAUGUAGUGAACUGUGUGGAUUUCCUUGCAAUUCAUUACCUUGGCCGUAUGGAUUGUGAACAAUUUUUUCGUAAAAAUGACGAACAUCCAUAUGUUAAAACUUUAGAAAAAUGUUUGAGAAAAGCAAAAACAAAUUUACUUACAGUUGGAAUCAAUUUAUCCUCCAAAGAGCAAAUGUUCUAA